GUGAGGUGAUGAUUUAGAUCUAUCUAUAUAGGUCCAUAUUAUAUGAGUUUGAUAGAUCUAGUGCAGUGAAUGCUGUCGUGGAAAGAUGGAAUGUAUACUAUCUAUAUCUAUAUUUAUAUAUUACAAUUUGAUCUAGAUCUGAGAUUCUAGUCUAUAGUGCAGCAUUAUUCUAAGUGAGUAACUUUGCUAGGGCUGGUUUGUGAUACUGCAAUGACUCUCACAUUGUCUUGUAACACUAUUUCCCUUUUACAAGUACAUGCCCAGAGUGAUGUUAAAUCAAGAAAAUGAUGCUCAUGAUAUUUGACAGCAAUGCCUUGGACCCACCACAUUUGUGUCUAUCAAGACAUUACUCAGUUUAUCAUUGAAUAUAAGGAUAUUGAGUGCCAACUGUCAUUAAAACAGUAUUGCACAUUCUCUGGUAAACAACUGCAGUUGUGAUAUCAUCUUUGUAGGCUUAAAAAAAAUAGCUUAGAUUAAAAUGCCUAAUAAAAAUCAAUCUAAUGGAGUAGCAGUUCGUCAGCAUUCAUCCCCUAGAAAAUUCAGUCCAAGUGGGAUUAAAGGAUGUACUUCCACUAUUCUAAUCGGCCUCUUGGGAUUUCUUUGUGGUAUCUUGUUGGUCAAUUGGUGUAAAGUAGGGGUGUUUUCCAGAUGUGGAACACAAGGCUCCUGCUGCAAGGAAAUUCGCAUAGGCUCUGCCACAGCAGAAACCCUUGAAGAACCAGUGGAGAUGUCUGAAAGCCUAGCUGAAAAGGAUAAAGAUAAUUUUAUUUUUGUUGGAAUUAUGACUGCGAAAAAGUUUAUUGACAACCGUGGACUUGCCUCCCAUAGAACUUGGGCUAGUAACAUCAAUGGUAAAGUGAUGUUUUUCUCCAGCGAAGGCUCCACCUCCAGUUACGGUGUACCUGUUGUGGCUUUGACUGGUGUGGAUGACCACUAUCCACCUCAGAAGAAAUCGUUUAUGAUGUUGAAAUACAUGUAUGAUCAUUUUUUAGAUAAGUAUGAGUGGUUUAUGAGAGCAGACGAUGAUGUGUUCAUUAAAGGAGACAGGCUGGAUGAGUUCUUGCGAGGCAUCAACAGUUCCCAGGCAUUAUUUAUUGGCCAGGCUGGCACUGGCAAAGCUGAUGAGCUGGGAAAACUGGCAUUAUCAGCUGAUGAAAACUUUUGUAUGGGUGGACCUGGAAUGAUCUUUAGUAGAGAAACUUUGAGAAGGAUGGCACCACACAUAAGCUACUGCUUACGUAAUCUGUACACAACCCAUGAAGAUGUGGAAAUAGGAAGAUGUGUCCGUAAAUUUGCAGAAAUACAGUGCACAUGGUCUUAUGAGAUGCAGCAAAUACUUUAUCAAAAUUAUAAGGAGGAGAAAGGUUCAUUUAAAACAACUCUGAAAAAUAAGGAAGUACAAAAAGCAGUCUCUCUCCACCCUGUCAAAGACCCUGAUUACCAGUAUCGUAUUUACAACUAUCUUCGUUCUGUAAAGAUCAUGACAGAACAUCAAAGGGAAGUUCAGUUACACAGAGAUAUGGCCUCUAUGACUGAACUUAUUCAAGAUGGACGGCUACCUUCGGAACCUGGUCUGAGUCAGCCUCCUAAUCUAAGAAAAUUUCGUCCACUCAGUGGGAAAGAAGUCAUUCCUUGGGAUUUUGUGGCUAGAUCCAUUUACUCUCAGUUUAAUAAUAAUCCACGUAGAGGUAUUGAUGAAUCUGUGAAAGGUGCUCUAGAUGAAUUGGUGAAUCAAGUGAUUAUGAAAGUAAAUAAAAAUGCACAUCUUCGGGGACGAACUAUUGAUUUUAAAGAAAUACAGUACGGGUACUACCGGUUAGAUCCCAUGAAUGGUCCGGAUUAUGUUCUUGACCUUUUGCUCACAUACAGAAAAUACAGAGGGCGUAAGAUGUCAAUGAAUGUCCGAAGACAUGCAUAUCUGCAGCAGGCCUUUUUACCUGUUGAAAUGAGAGAGGAACCUGGCUACGUGGAACAAAACUCUUCAGGUGUUGGGGCCAAAGUCAAAUCUUGGCUCAAAAUUUUUGCUGGAAAUUCUGAGACUUCUCAGAUUGUGAACAAAAGAACAGAAUUUAUUGACAUUAUUAUGCCUCUCAUGGGUCGUUUUAAAAUAUUUCAGAGAUUCAUGAAUAAUUUUGAAAAAGUAGUUCUUCUACCAAAAGAGAAUGCGAGGCUUGUGUUAGUGUUAUAUAAAUCUAAAGAUGAGCCAGAGGCUCUCAGGUUCACUCUGGAUUUAGUCCAGUAUUAUCAAGACAAAUAUGGCAAAGACUAUAUUGAGGUUGUUCAAACUGACAAUGAAUUCUCACGAGGGCCAGGUUUACAGCUUGGAGCUGGUCGUUGUAGUGAAGACGCGUUAGUUUUCUUUAUUGAUGUGGAUAUUAUUUUUUCAGCGUCUUCUCUUGAACGAGUUCGUUUGAACACCAAAAGAGGUACUCAAGUUUAUUUCCCUAUAGUUUUUAGCCAGUAUGACCCAGAGCCUGUGUGCUUCACUGGGUCUCCUCAUUGUGAUUGUGCUAAUUCUGAAUGUGUCUUGAAAGCAGAGGAUAUUAGUGAUGCUGCUGGUUACUGGAGGCAAUUUGGCUUUGGCAUUGCUGCUAUGUAUCUCAGUGACUACUAUAAUGCAGGAGGUUUUGACCUCAGCAUUCGUGGUUGGGGUAAAGAAGAUGUUGAUUUGUAUACCAAAUUUAUUGAAAACUUUUAUUACAUAUUUCGAGCUGUUGACCCAGGAAUGACCCAUAUUUUCCACACUAUAAAAUGUAGUGAGACGCUGGAAAGUGCCCAAAUGGUCAUGUGUGUUAACUCAAAGGCUCAAAGCUAUGCAUCAACUUCACUGUUAGCUAAUCAAAUAUACAGUAAUCCUGAGAUUCUACGGAGGCUUGAAACAUAUUCAAUGAAUCAUGAAUUAUAGCACUUCUUUUACAGCUUUUGUGUUGGUUGUGUUACCAGAGUUCAGUUAUCCUUCAAGAAAACAUUAAUUAAAAAUGGUCUAUACAUUUUAAUAUAAUACUUUUUGUGUUUAAAUCCCUGGUGGCCAUUGCUGUCUUAGUAACAGUUUGAUCAUUUCAGAUACACAUUUUAAAAUGAUUAUUAUUGUUUUUGUAACGCAUAGUCUUAUUUCAUAGAAUUUAUUUAUGUAAACUAUUUUGAAACAGCAGACAUUGAGUGUGUAAUAAUAUCUAAUUAUUAAUAAUAGUAUCAAAUAUAUCUUGAAAUGUAAAACUGACGUAAAAUUGAGGUAGAAAAUAAGAAAAUACAUUAGUGAAAAUAACUGAAAUAAAAACUUUUAAGUAGUGCCUGUAUAUAAUCUGUUUUUUAAAAUAGAUUUUUUUUUAGUUUUAUUCAUACAAUACUUUUCAUGGCUUAUUGAAUUUUAUUGUUAAAUUCUGUGGAAGUUAACUCCUGCAUGUCUUUGUCUUGCUAUUCAAGUCCAACUCAUAAUUCCCAACCAUUAUUUUUUUUUAUCAUCUCUAACAGUAAAGUUAUGGCUUUUUUUUUUAAUGGUUUGUUCUGUAAAUUCUUCUUUGAAAUAUUUGUGAUAAUUUUGUAAUAAUAUGCACUUAUCCCUUGGACAACUAGUAAAUCUAUUUUAAAUCAAGAUUUAUUACUUAAGAAAAUUGUUUGUGUGUGUAGAUAUUUACUUACAUCUCAUUUUAUCCUUGUGUUUCUAACUCCAAUUUUUAAGUCCAUAUUAAAAGAUAUUUUUAAAAAACAUUAAUUUUGGUUAAAUAUAUAACUGAUGCUGCAAGUAUCAAGGAGAUACACAUUUAGGUUUUGAUCUCAGCAGUUUAAUGGAGUAGAAUAUUUGUGAAAGUUAUCUCUUGCAUAAAUGCAUUUGGUAUAUAAGAACAGUUAGGUGACUAAGGCGCCAAUCAUUUCUUGUUGCUGAAUGGUCUUAAUUAAAAGUCAAGAUAAACAAUAAUUGCUAAUCAAUAGCAUGUGUUGUAUAUCAACUAGAAUAUAAUAAUGAAACAUUCCACCUAUCUUGCUAUUACAUUUGUCUUCAAUUGUUCUUUUGUUUUAAUUUCUAAGAUAUUAUAUAUAUAUUUUAAAAACAACAUCUACAUUGUAACAUUGCUGUGUCAUUUUGUUUCAAUCUGUUAAUUUUGUGUUGUAUUCAGCUAAGCUCAAAUAUGUGACAGUGCUUCCUAUAAUUAUAAAUGUUUUAUGUUUCUUUGUGAUCUUAUUUUAUUACAUAGCUUGAUAUUUGCAUUCGUUUCAGACUUAUUUUUUCUCAAAGGUUGUAUGGUACUAAAACAUGAUUUGUGCAUACAUAAGAUAUUUAUGUAGUUAUCAAACCUGGCUGUCCUUGGGAUAAGUGUACAAUUUUAAUGGGCCCUUUUAAGGUUAUAAGCAUAAUGAAAUUAUGAGAAACUAGUGUGCACUACUUCAAGUCUUUGCUAAAUUAAAAUGCUCUUAGAAGUCUUGCAUACAUUACUUUUGCUGAAAUGAUAGCCUUUGCCAAGGGCUACACAAUUUGAUCAAACUGUAUAAGCUACAAUGUAGCAGCUUCAUAUCAAUUACAUGAAAUAUGUCUAGGAUAUAUCCUAAUUUUUCAUGUUGUUAUAGAAUUAACACUUUUGUUACUUUUAUUUAAUCUGUAAACCCAUGACAAUGCCUUAAAAGUAUAAAUUUAAAAUGUGUAUUUGUCAAGUGGAUUUCGAUCUAUUGUUUGUUGACAUGUUGAUACUUUGUGGGAAAAAGUUAAUCAUUUUAUUGUUAAUAUUAAUAUAAAUAAAGAGUUGUUAUGAUCUAUGAACAAAUUUUUCAUAUAUUUUGUCAAUUGCUAUUAUUUAGAAUGGUUGAAUGCUUUUGUUCAAGUGUUGUUGUUUUGUGUUUUUUCACUUCAAAUUUAAUGAGAAAAUAGCUAUUGAACACAAGAUCUCUUGAAUCCUUUCAAUUUUGAUAAUUUUUUUUGCUAAUGUUCUUUAAAUAUAAUUUUGACAAUUUUAAUUAUCUUGUCUAGAAAAUUACAAAUUGUCCUUCCAAUCCUAUUCAUUAAGAUGUUCCUUCAAAAGAGGAAUAGAAGCCCAAUGCAUUCAUAUCUUUUGAUGUUUAAACUGAACUUAAGUUUUUCUUGCUGAUGAUUUUAAGUCAUUUCCUUAAAUGUUUAAAUCGCAUUGGAAGAAGGAAAGAGUUCUUCUAUAAAUUUGUCCUAAAGUAAUAGAACAAGAAUUUUUUUUUCUGAGUAUUUAUUACGUUACGUUAUUUAAUAGUUAAGUAUUAAAUACUUUCUUUAAAAGUUCUGGUUUGGUGUUUUAUGUGCAAUGCUUUAAUCUUCUUGGUUGUCUUUUUAAAGUGAUUUGCUCUUGCUAAGUGUGGAUAUUUACUUGUGAUAAGCCUGACUGCUCCUUUGUGGGGUUGUUUGAUAUAGUUCUAAAUUCUAUAAUAUGUCGAGUUGAGGGAUCCGAAGUAGAUAGUGAACAUUGUAGUGGUGGUCUGACUUAGUUCAACCAGUACCAUCUUCAAUGUGCCCAUGUCCUACAAGUUGAUUAACAAAAUACUAAAGAUAUCAGUUUUAAAAGCACAAUGAAAGCACAAGGGGGGGGGGGGACUCUUAAAAUGUAUUUUGACCAAUUCCUGUGCCUUGUUUAAUUUUGUUUACUAUUUCAUCUUUAUCCUAUCACUACAUCUUGAUAACAAUGGGGACAUCUUCCUAAAUUGCUACGGUUAAAACUGAUAUAUUUUUUUUUUUUAUUUAACAUUACUGAAUCCAUUCAGGGGAAUAUCUUAACUAGCAAACACAUCAUUUUAAAAUACUAAUAUCAAAUUGCUCACACUGUUUAGUGUGCUCUCAUAUUAGUUACAUCUAAACUUUGUUCAAUUAGAUCUCAAACUGAAAAGUAAGAAAAUCUGAAGCACUUGAAUUAUAAAUGCAUUGGAUAAUUUUAUUAGCUUUAUUUAAAUUAGGGGGGAUGUCUCUGAUGACAGAUGUCAUAAUGAGGCAUUUCAAUAUUUAGUAGUUACAACUAAGUCUACACUUAAUUCUAUGUAGAAUUUUCUUUUGUAUGCCGAGUUCCAAACAAAUAUCUAAAAAUCCCUUGAUUCAAAUUAAGCAGUGAAGUAAUGUGCCAUUGAAAAUACCUGCAACAUUUGACAGGAUUCAAUAGGAUUAAAAAACAAAACAAAUAGGCAGUAUUUAUUGUUGUAAACAUCUGUUUUUAAUUUCAUUCAUUGUCUAUGUGUCAUCAAUGACUGAGAUUUUACUAACUUACAUUUUGUGUGAAUACAGACUGAAAGUUAUUUUAUGGCAGAUUGUUAUGCAUAUAACUUGUUACUUUAUAAGCAAAAGAUUUUUAUAAAAUCUUAUUUUAUGUAUGUAUAUUGUACAUUUUAAAAACAUUGUAUGAUCUCUCCUGUGUAACACAGACACUUGUACAUAACGAGGUUUGAUAUGGAGGCUAUGUUCAAAUUAUAUUUAUAAAACUUUGAAAUUACUAUUUAAUUAUUCUUUUACUUUACAAUAAGACUACAGGGGAAAAUCAGCUUUUCAGAAUAGAACUGAAACUUGAUUGAAGAAUGUCUCAUCCAACGACGGUCUAAGCUUCUUAUGUAAAGCCUUUGAAUUAACCUAUUUCCCUGUAGUCUUCAAGCGAAGUAGGUAAAAAGAAUUGAUGAAAACUAUUUCUGCCCUAAGCUUCAGACUCGAAGUAUUAUAAAAAUGUAAACAUACUGCCUUCAUUUUGUUAAUAAAACUAUGCAAGGAAAUUCAAGCAUUAAUCCAAGUAAGCAGUUGCUUAUUACUGGUUCAGCGAUUGCAAUGUUCACCCUAUUGUCUGUUGAACAGCCUUUGUUUACACGAUGUCAUCUUCAGAAAUCCUUUACCAACAAAAAUGUUGCUUUACAAAAAGUGUGUGUGUUAUUUUUAUUUGUAACUUACGAUAUGCUUUUCUACAUCGGGAAUCUUAUAAUAAAGAGUAUUUAUUUUUUA